CUCCUGCAGCUCCUGGACACCUGUUACCAUGUGGUUCCUGAUCCUGUUCCUAGCCCUGUCCCUAGGAGGGAUUGAUGCUGCACCUCCUGUCCAGUCUCGAAUUGUUGGAGGAUUUAACUGUGAGAAGAAUUCCCAACCCUGGCAUGUGGCUGUGUACCGCUACAACAAAUAUAUAUGCGGGGGAGUCCUGUUGGACCGUAACUGGGUUCUCACAGCUGCCCACUGCCAUGUCAGCCAGUAUAAUGUUUGGCUGGGCAAAACAAAGCUAUUCCAACGUGAACCCUCUGCUCAGCACCGAAUGGUCAGCAAAAGCUUCCCCCACCCUGACUACAACAUGAGCCUCCUCAUAAUCCACAACCCAGAACCUGAGGACGAUGAGAGCAAUGACCUGAUGUUACUACGCCUCAGCGAGCCAGCUGACAUCACAGAUGCUGUGAAGCCCAUCGCCCUGCCCACUGAGGAGCCCAAGCUGGGGAGCACAUGCCUAGUCUCAGGCUGGGGCAGCAUUACACCCACGAAAUUCCAAACCCCAGAUGAUCUCCAGUGUGUGUCCAUCAAGCUCCUGCCUAAUGAGGUCUGUGUCAAAAACCACAAUCAAAAGGUGACAGAUGUCAUGUUGUGUGCAGGAGAGAUGGGUGGAGGCAAAGAUACUUGCAAGGGUGACUCAGGAGGCCCACUGAUCUGUGAUGGUGUUCUCCAUGGUAUCACAGCAUGGGGCCCUAUCCCAUGUGGCAAACCCAAUACGCCGGGAGUCUACACAAAACUUAUUAAGUUUACCAACUGGAUAAAAGACACUAUGGCAAAAAACCCCUGAGUGUCACAUUAUCUGCUGUUCUCAAUAAAAUACACCAUGAAACAAAUGA